AUGUAUUUAGAUUGUAUAUCUAUUAUUCAGGAAUUUAAAAAGUUUGAUGAAAGAUGUUGUUGUUCCGAGGAGGCUGGAAAACUUGCUCUUUCCUCUGAUUUUAGAAAAUUAUAUUUUGAACAGAUGAGAGAAUAUUAUUUACGUUCGGAUAUGAAUGAACAAGCACUUGUGGAGAGAAUUGAAGAAUUGGAAUCGAACAGGAAAUCUUCAUCAACAACUGUUUUUAGAGAAUAUCAUGAAUUAUUGAAAGAUUAUCCAAAUAUCAAAAGUAAUGACUUGUAUGUUAAAUUUAUGGUGGUUGGAAGUAGUUGUGGAAAGACUUCUUUUUUGUAUCAUUUGAGUUUGGGACUGCAUCCUCCUUAUUCGAAUGUUGCUUCUAAUUUGCAAUACUUACCAAGUAUUCAUGAUGGAUAUUCCACAAAUUUGAUAUUUGGAUCUUCUUUUUGUAAUAUUGGAUUUUGGGAUACAUCGGGAAAAUCAGAAUAUAAAACACUUAGACCAUUGAGCUAUCCAGGGACAGAUGUGUGUUUUCUUUGCUUUGACUGCAUGAGCUAUGAUUCAUUGGAUUUAGCGAUUAAUACAUUUUUGGAGGAAUUAACAAGUCAUAUGAAACAAGAAGGGAAAACUUUUCCUAUUGCUUUGCUUUCAACAAAGCAUGAUUUGCAGCAAGAUAGAAAGGAAGUAUUGAAAUUACUAAUUUCAAAACAACAAAAACCAAUUAAUAGUCAACUUGGAGAAAGAAUAGCAAAAGCAAUCGGAUGUGUAACCUAUUUGGAAUCCAUUCUUCUUCCAUCUAAAGAUUACUUUAAGAUAAUUUUCAAUAUUUCAAGAAUUGAGAAACUUCCAGUAACAACAGAAAAGCAAUCCUUGCUACAGAAACUAGGUAGAUUUUUCAAAAAGUAA